AUGCCGGGAAAUUUGGAGGUCUCAUUCCACUCAGUCUCGCGCUUGGAGAUGGAUGCUGGAAGUACUACUAAUCCGAGGAAUAUAAUCUGCUCAGCGUUUCAGGAUGUCGUUAGGCAGGCCGACGAGCUUGAGCACAGCUUGAGGAAAUUGUCUGGAAACCAUUAUAGCUACAAAAGAAGAGGUGAUAGUACGAGAUCAUCAUUUGAAGACUUGCUUCGUGCUCUCGAAAGAUCUCAUGCCGAACAAGAACAAAUUCCGAAAAAUUCCUCCUCACCUGAGGAGUAUAGAUCCAGACAGAAGCUCGAUCUAGACUGGAUACUCUCCACAGAUCCGUUGAGGCCACGAGCAGCGAAGGAAGUUCCCGUAGUUGAAAAACCUAAAGGAGUCCCAAUAUCAGAAUGGAUUUUCGAUACGAAGGGAGCUUUUCGAAAUUACAAUGAAUAUCAACCAAUCACCUACCCGGUGCUUGAUUCUCGUCCAAGACUGGAAUUAGACUGGAUUUUAACAACAAACCAAUUUUCGCAGCCAAUCUCGACACGAAAUGUCGAGCCGUACGAAACGAGCAAAGCAAUUUCUGAGGAGUGGAUUUUUAGAACAGAUCCAGAGUUUCAUUCAACUUCCAUGCAUGGCGAAGAGAUGCAGUCUUUGGAACAUUUUAAAAACAUUUUUGAUUAUCUAGAAGAAGAGGCACUCAUCAGAACUGCAUCCGCAGCAACCGAUAAGAAGUUGGAUUCAUCAACGAGUGAAAUUGAAAUACUGCAGAUUCGUAACGCACAAAAUUCUCACUUCACCACCUUUACAUCCAUCUGA